AUGUAUCCGAAGUUCGCCGCCGUCGCCGCCCUGCUGGCUGUUGCCGAGGCCCGCUUUGGCCAGGAGGGAAAGGUCGAGUCCAUCAUCUCCGCAUUGAGCAACUUUGGUCAGCCCGGCCAGGCUGCCACUCUGGCUGGUGCCACCCCUGGUGUCUUGCUCGCGGGCGCCAAUGCCUGCGCCAAGCUCCAACUCGCCGACCAGAUCGUCGCAACCCUCGGCAACGACCCGCAGGUCAUCUCGGCUGCCGCCCAGCUCGUCGCCGCCGAGAAGAACUUCAACCCUUUUGUCGUGUCCAUCCCCAGUCUCUGCUCGGAUGCUAGUCUCCCCGCUACUCCUGAGCUCUGGGGCAUUGUCCCUCUUGUCGACCCGGCUGUCGUCGGCUCGGAUGUUGAGAACGCCAACUCGGCUAAGUCACUGACGAAUCCGUUCAAUGCGGACGGACUCAGCGUCGCCGACGUCGCCAAGGCCAAUGGCUUCUCUAAUUUCACCACCCAGGCUGCUGACGGCACCACGGGAAGCAACAACAACAGCAGCAGCAACAACAGCAGCAGCAACAACAGCAGCAACAACAACAGCAGCAGCAGCAGCGCCACUAGCGCGGCUGCCGCCUCCUCCGCCGCCUCCGCCACCGCCAACUGCGGCGGCGUGCGGACCCUGACCACGGUUGUCGUUGCCGCCCCGACCGCGACUCAGGCCGCCAGCAACAACAACAACAACACCAGCAGCAGCAGCAGCGGUAGCAACAAUGCCACCGCCGGCGUCCAGCAGUCGACGAUCGCGGGCCUCGACUUCGGGCUGUGCGUGCCGACCAUGAAGUUCGUGGGCGGCCUGGGCGGGCGGCCGGCGACCGAGUUCACGUUCCAGGCGAUCGACCCCAAGAUCGCGGCGAUCCAGCAGGAGGCGCUUAACCCCAACAUCAUCACCAACCGCAUCUGCGACGAGCUGACCAACCAGUGCGAGGCCAACCAGGCCGCCAAGGACGCCUGCGCCCAGGCCAAGGCCCAGAUCCAGGCGCUCGGCACGCGCGACGCCACCACGGCCGAGACGUGGAACUCGCUGUUGGGCUUUGCUGGGGUCGAUGUCUCGCAGAACUGA